AUGGAGCAAACAAUUGAGAGGUCACCAAAUGCACAUAGGGGUUUUAGAGUUCAAGCUCCACUGGUUGAUUCUGUAUCAUGCUAUUGCAAGGUCGAUUCAGGCUUAAAAACUGUUGUUGGGGCAAGAAAAUUUGUCCCAGGAUCAAAACUCUGCAUCCAACCAGAUAUAAUUCCUCACUCACACAAGAAAAAGGACUCCCGGAGAGAGAGGACCAGAGUGCAGCCACCACUCCUGCCUGGACUUCCAGAUGAUCUUGCAAUUGCUUGUCUCAUCCGAGUGCCUCGUGUGGAACAUAAUAAGUUGCGUCUAGUUUGCAAGAAAUGGUACAAGCUCCUGGCUGGAAACUUCUUUUACUCUCUCAGAAAAAGUCUUGGCAUGGCUGAAGAGUGGGUAUAUGUCAUAAAAAGAGAUCGUGACGGACGGAUCUCAUGGCAUGCUUUUGACCCAACCUACCAAAUGUGGCAGCCACUUCCACCUGUUCCAGUGGAGUAUAGUUCGGCACUUGGAUUUGGCAGUGCCGUUUUAAGUGGUUGCCACCUGUACUUGUUUGGAGGAAAAGAUCCAUUAAACGGAUCUAUGAGGCGCGUGAUCUUUUACAGUGCUAGGACAAAUAAAUGGCACAGAGCUCCGGACAUGCUUCGUAAACGGCAUUUCUUUGGUUCUUGUGUCAUUAAUAACCGUCUCUACGUUGCUGGGGGAGAAUGUGAGGGUAUCCAGCGGACACUUCGUUCAGUUGAAGUUUAUGAUCCCAACAGAAACCGCUGGAGUUUUGUUGCUGAUAUGAGCACGGCUAUGGUUCCAUUUAUUUGGGUAGUUUAUGACGGCAAGUGGUACCUAAAAGGACUUGGAUCACACAGAGAGGUUUUGAGUGAAGCAUAUAUCCCAGAAACCAAUACAUGGACUACGGUCAAUGAUGGGAUGGUUGCUGGGUGGCGCAACCCUAGUAUCUCUAUGAACGGGAAGCUUUAUGCUCUGGACUGCCGUGAUGGUUGUAAGCUUAGAGUAUAUAAUGAAACUACAAAUUCUUGGAACAGAUUUAUUGAUAGCAAGCUCCACCUUGGCAAUUCUCAUGCUCUAGAGGCUGCUGCUCUUGUUCCUCUCAAUGAUAAGCUCUGUAUAGUCCGUAACAAUAUGAGCAUAAGUAUUGUUGAUGUCUCAAAUCCUGAUAAGAAAGUGGAGAGUAAUCCUCAUGUUUGGGAAAAUAUUGCCAGUAAAGGAGUCUUGAACAUAGAUAUACCCGUAGGUAAACAUGGAUUCUGA